AGAGAUCUUUGGAAACUGCGGGCGAUUUUUCUUGUUCUUGUUGCUUGCCUGGCACCUUUACCCUUUCUUAUCAACGCAUCAUCGGAGUCGCGAUGUGCGUACGUCAUGGUUUUUAUGGCUUUGCUAUGGAUCACGGAGGCUAUCCCCAUACCUGUGACGUCAUUGCUACCUGUCGUUAUGUUUCCUAUUCUGGGUGUGGUUCCUGCCGCAGAAGUUUGCACCAAAUAUGUGAAUGACACGACUAUGCUAUUCAUCGGCGGUUUGGUGUUGGCAGUGGCUGUGGAGGAAGUUAAUCUACACAAGAGGAUAGCACUGGGGAUUAUAUUGGUCUUAGGCUCUCAGCCGAACAUGCUUCUGCUUGGCCUGAUGCUACCCACGUGGUUCCUAUCUAUGUGGAUCAGUAACACGGCGGCUACUUCUAUGAUGGUACCUAUCAUUAUUGCAGUAGUUGACCAAUUGAAAGAUAUAGAGACUCCAUAUUCAAAAGAAGGCCAGGAGAACUACAGCUUUGAACAACAUGAUGUAUCAUAUGAAGACCAUGUUGAGGACAAGUCAACAGGGGAGGAGGUGGAGCUAGCGACAGAUGAAAGUCAUCACGAUGGACGUACAAUGGGCGACGAAGAGUUAAUGAGAAUAGGAAAGGGAUUUGCACUCGGUGUGGCUUACAGUGCAAAUGUAGGAGGAGUAUCAACCCUUACAGGGACUGCACCCAAUCUCAUUCUCCAAGGACAAGCUAACAGUUUAUAUCGUUCUCGAAUUGAGGGAGCUGACUCUGGAAUUACUUUUGCAAACUGGAUGGGAUUCGGCGUGCCACUCUCUGUUCUAGUAUUAUUCUUGGCUUGGAUAUGGCUUCAGAUAUACUGCUUACGAGGCAGGUGUCUUAAAAACGUCAGUGAUAUCAAGAAGACACGUGUUAAAAUGGCGAUCAGAAGUGAGUACAACAAACUGGGAGCUUUCAGAUUCCAGGAGAUAGUUGUGAUCAUCCUCUUCACCAUACUGGUUUUACUGUGGUUAUUCCGGGAUAUUCCGAAUGUUGGGGGCUGGAGGUUUUUGUUUCCAGAGGAUCCUGUCUCUGGAGCGUUCGUCCGUGAUUCUAGCGCCGCCAUUGGUAUUGCUGUCCUCCUCUUUCUCUUGCCCUCCACCUUUCCUAGAGUGCUAUGUUGUCGACAAAAUAACGCAAAUGGCGAUUACGACCAACAUGAGUACAAACCUAUCCUGGACUGGCAAACGACCGCACGAAAAAUACCGUGGGGAGUGAUCCUUCUCUUGGGUGGAGGUUUCGCUCUUGCCGAUGGAAGCUCGGCAUCUGGGCUGUCUAGCUGGGUCGGAUGUCAAUUGCGCGUGUUCAGUGACCUUGAACCAUGGGUCAUGAACUUAAUCCUCUGCCUUAUCGUGGCUGGAGCUACGGAGAUAACCAGCAACACGGCUACGGCAACACUUCUCAUGCCUAUAAUGGCGGAACUGGCCGUCAACAUCGGAGAACACCCUCUCUACCUUAUGAUAUCAGCUGCCAUUUCCUGUUCGUUCGCAUUCAUGUUGCCCGUGGCUACACCUCCUAACGCUAUUGUCUUUUCCACCGGCUAUCUCAGGAUACCAGAUAUGGCAUUGGCUGGAAUGAUGAUGAACCUGAUAGCAGUGGUACUGAUGUAUACCACAGUGUAA